UUUCCGCCAGUGUUGUUUCCAAGAUUGAAGGAAGACAAAUUGUUGAAGAUGGUGUUCGGAAACUGGGAGCUAUUAGCGCGAAUUCUCAAAGCUUCGUUGCGUGGUGUUUCCUCGCUCCACCAAGGCUCAAGCGGUGGUGGUGCACAUACCAACUCUCUUAAGUGGAGUGUCCGCCAAAUCACACCAGGAUCGAUUGCAUGGGCAGCAGUUAUUGCCAUAUUUUUAUUUUCGCCGGACACCGAGUUCUUGAGCUCUGGCCUUGGUAAGAAGUCGAAUAUCAAUUAUAAGAAUCUGUUCUACAACUACAAGAAGAUUCUCAUUGUGAAAUGGUCAACGAGGCACAUCCUAUCCAUUGUUGCUAAUAUCAAUUGCUAUGUCUUCAAGGCCGUGAAA